UUUUCUGGCGCGCCAUUGUUCAUGUCGAUCCCAAAAUACGGGGACGGAAGCGCCGGUACAGUGAGCGAAGUGGCACUAUUUCAUCACGGGAGUCCGUCCGCCUGAUCUUUCGACGGUGCCCGGUCCGGUCUGCAGUCUUGUGUUUCCUCGGCUUCAUGAUUCGAUGCUUCACGACUGACAUAAUUUUCCCUCACGCUCCCCUUACCCGGCUGCUGAUUUAGAUCUACUUCUUUUUUAAGGACGGCGAGGACGAGAUCCAGAGGAUGGCACCAGUGAUGGAUGACAGAGAAAAUGAUCAAGAUGCUGGUUUAUCAAGACGUUCCAGACGUGAGGUCGGCAAAAAGAAGGCAGGGCGCAUGUCUGCUCUGGAAAAACUUAAAAAUGCCAAGAAAAGUGGGAAAAGAUUUUAUGAAGAGGAAGAAGAUAUGAGCAAUAUUUACGAUGUCGUUGAUGAAGACGAAUACUCCAAGAUUGUUCGAGAUAGGCAAGAUGACGAUUGGAUCGUGGAUGAUGAUGGAGGAGGAUAUGUAGAAGAUGGGAGAGAAAUAUUUGAUGAAGAUCUUCGUGGUGAUCCUGAGAUGGAGGGAGAUGGUUCAGGUAAAAAGAAUAGUAGAUCUGGUCCAAAAAAGGAUAAAGAGUCCAAGAAGCCGAGCAAGCCGAAAGGUGACAUUAGAAGUCUCUUCUUGAACGCGGCCAAGCAGAAGAAGAAAUCUGAGAAGGAUGCUAGCGUUGCUGGAGAUGAACUCUUAGGUGACAUCCUGAAUGAGAUGCACAGUGAGUCCUCAGCUCCCAUUCUAAAACCACUUGCUAUCAAGAAAAAGAUCAAGGUUCCAGGAUCUUCUCCAGCCAAUAGGAAUCCCUUCAGCAGCAAGACCCCCACCCGUCCAGGUCCAAAGUCCAUGACCCCUCGUACCAUCACAUCCGAGAGGUCGGCACCCAUCAUGGCCCCGAGGCAACGCGUCACAACCUCCAAACAAGUGAAGAGAGAAGCAGUAAACGAAGGGGGCGAUUCGCAGCUUAGCAAGAGGGCGAGGGGCGUGGUCAUAAAAACAGAGCCGGUAGAGGAGUUUGAUGAUCUUGACGGUAUGGUUGAUGUGGAUGAUACAGACUUUGAUGUCGAUGAUGACAUGAACGUGAAGAAGGAGAAUAUCAAGGUGGAGGAAGUGAAAGAAGAGGAGAUGGAGGAGGAGGAAGAGGAAGAAGAGAAACCUCAAAUCAAGACAGAAAUCAAUCCCGAGGUGUGUUCCACCACUGGAUGGGAGACCAUUAAAGGAGAGGUGGAGGAGGAAGGAUUCGUCAAGAUGGACGUCAAAGUAGAUUCUUCCUCGUUGCCCCUGACGACCAAUGACGAAGGAGAGAAGGUAUUGAGGAUGUACUGGCUUGAUGCUUACGAGGAUCCCUACAAACAACCAGGAACGGUGUUUCUCUUUGGUAAAGUCUACAUUGAGGAUGCAAAGACCCAUGUCAGUUGUUGUGUUUCUGUUAAAAACAUAGAAAGGAAGGUCUUUCUGUUACCAAGGGAAAAGAAGAGGAACCUGAAGAAGGGCGUCGAUACAGACAAGGAUGUCACCAUGAUGGACGUCUAUCAAGAGUUUGACGCCAUGACAACCAAAUACAAGAUCAUGAAAUUCAGGUCAAAGAAAGUCACCAAGCAGUACUGCUUUGAGAAGUCCGAAGUUCCGGCAGAAUCAGAAUACUUGGAGAUAAGAUACGGGGCUGAUAUCCCUCAACUACCCACUGAUUUACAUGGAGAAACCUUCAGUCAUAUCUUUGGAGCAAACACAUCCUGUCUGGAGCUACUUCUUUUGGAUCGGAAGCUCAAGGGACCCAGUUGGAUUGACAUCAAGUUCCCUCAGCUACCAACACAGCCCAUCAGCUGGUGUAAAGUUGAGACUUUCAUCACCAAACCAGACUUCAUCACAGUUGUCAAGGAUCUAACCCCACCCCCUCUGGUCGUUAUGACGAUCAACCUCCGCACAGUGCUCAAUCAGAAGACACAUCGCAAUGAGAUUGUUGCCGUGACAGCCCUCGUUCACCAUAGGUUCCCGUUAGAUAAGGCACCACCCAAACCACCUUUCCAGCAGCACUUCUGUGCCUUGAGCAAGCCUGUCGAUUGCAUCUUCCCUUAUGACUUCAAAGAUGCUAUAAGAAAAAAGAACAUGAAGGUUGAGAUCUUACCGUCGGAGAGAGCCCUUUUGGGACUGUUCUUGGCCAAGGUCCACACGGUUGAUCCUGAUGUCAUAGUGGGUCAUGACAUCUAUGGGUUUGACCUUGACGUUCUCCUUCAUCGAAUCAGUGCCACCAAGACUCCACACUGGUCUAAACUAGGAAGACUAAAGCGUGGAACUAUGCCCAAACUUAGUGGUGGUACAGGGCGAGGUAGCACAUUCACAGAGAAGAAUGCGACAUGCGGUCGCAUGGUGUGUGACGUGAAGAUCUCGGCGAAAGAACUGAUGAGGUUUAAGAGCUACGAUCUCACCGAGCUCUCAAGUCAGAUUAUUCACGAGAAGAGGGUGGAGAUCCCGUAUGAACGCAUCAAGGAUAUGUACACGACCUCUCGUGAGCUGACAUACCUUGUUGAGAUGACGUGGAAGGAUGCUUUCUUUAUUCUCCGUCUCAUGUGUGAACUGAACGUACUACCUCUAGCGCUACAGCUCACUACUAUCUGUGGAAAUGUCAUGUCUCGUACUCUGAUGGGAGGGCGCUCUGAACGUAAUGAACAUCUUCUGCUUCAUGCGUUCAACGAGAAGAAUUUCCUCUGCCCCGACAAGGAAUAUAAGAAGAGAACACAGGCUGUCAGUAUGGAAGGAGAUGAGGACCAGGAACGACCAACAAGAUCUAAGAACAAACCGUCCUAUGCCGGAGGUCUGGUCCUUGAUCCUAAAGUUGGUUUCUAUGAUAAGUUCAUUCUGCUACUGGAUUUUAACAGUCUCUACCCGUCGAUCAUUCAGGAGUAUAACAUCUGCUUUACGACGGUCGCUCAGACACCCUCGCAGGAGGAUGGAUCUAAUGAUGACUGGAUGCCUGAGGUGCCAGACAGCGACUUGACCGAUGGCAUCUUACCGACCGAGAUCCGCAAGCUGGUUGAACGACGUCGUCAGGUCAAAGGUCUUAUGAAGCAGCCUGACCUUCAUCCGGAUAUCAGAUUACAGUAUGAUAUCCGUCAGAAAGCUCUAAAGCUGACAGCUAACAGUAUGUAUGGAUGUCUGGGUUUCAGUCACUCAAGAUUCUAUGCUAAACCCCUCGCUGCAUUGGUCACUAGUAAAGGAAGAGAGAUCUUGAUGCAUACCAAAGAACUAGUUCAAAAGAUGAAUCUUGAUGUAAUCUAUGGAGACACUGAUUCUAUCAUGAUCAACACUAACUCAACAGACCAUGAUACUGUCUUCAAACUCGGCAAUAGGGUCAAGACGGAGGUCAACAAACUUUACCGUUUGCUGGAGAUUGACAUCGAUGGUGUCUUCCAGUCGAUGCUGCUUCUCAAGAAGAAAAAGUAUGCUGCCCUCACAGUCGAACGUUUGCCCGACGGCACUCUGAAAACUUCCAAGGAGAUGAAGGGUUUAGAUAUAGUGAGGAGAGACUGGUGUGACUUGGCUAAGAAAGUUGGAAGUUAUGCGAUUGAUCAGAUCUUGUCUGCUGACUCGAGGGAGGUGAUCGUUGACAACAUUCACUCUCAUCUGAUUGAGCUUGGGGAGAAGGUUGCUGCAGGGACCAUUCCACUAGACCAGUAUGAGAUCCACAAGAGUUUAACAAAAGCACCCCAGGACUACCCAGAUAAGAAGAGUCUUCCUCACGUCAAUGUAGCGCUUCGGAUCAACAGUCAAGGUGGAGGAAAGCCGCUAGGAGCUGGUGACACAGUCUCCUAUAUAGUCUGCGUGGAUGGAUCCAAUCUCCCAGCUGGUCAGAGAGCCUAUCAUCCAGAUGAGCUUAAGAAGCAAGAACACCUCAAGGUCGAUACCAAGUACUAUCUAGCCCAGCAGGUCCAUCCUGUCGUAUCCCGUCUUUGUAACCCCAUUGAGGGCACAGAUGCUGCUCAUAUCGCAGAGUGUCUUGGGCUUGAUGCGUCUGGAUAUCGCCACUCUGUCCGUCAUUACGAAGACGAGAAUGAUGCACUUCUAGGAGCCCAAGAAGACGACGAGGAGAGGUUCAAAGAUGCCGACCGAUUCAAAUUCAUCUGCCCUAACGAAGCUUGCAAGAGGGAGAACAUCGUUGACUGUGUAUUCACUGGCACGCAGGGUUCGCUGGCUGAGGCUCGUCUGAGUUACUGUGAUAGUCGCUGUGGAACGGUACCAGCUGAUCACAUGACCAUGCUUGGGAACAAGCUCCGCCUUCUCAUCCGCACCUACAUACAGAAAUACUAUGCUGGUUGGUUGCUAUGUGAGGAUACCUCAUGUGCACAUCGGACACGCAGGGUACCGCUUAAUCCCCAUAGACAGGGGUUUGCCUGUCCUGUAUGUCAGAGAGCUGUCCUAAAACCAGAGUACUCUGACAAGGAGCUGUACACUCAGCUUUGUUUCUUCCAGAAUAUCUUCGACUAUGAGAAGGCUCUCACAGAAAACACUGAUAAAGCUAAAUCAAGAAGUCAAGAGCAAGCUUCUGUGAGGUCUGCAUAUCAAACACUGAAGCAGGUCAUUGAUCAACGACUCGCUGCUAACGCCUACUCAGAAGUGGACCUCUCCAAGCUAUUCCAUGGUCUCUUUCUCAUGAAGUAAAUUUACAUUUUACUUUCCAUGCUUUGUCUCAAAUAUUUCGCUAUUCUGUCCCAUAUUCUGAAGUCCAGCUUAAAGGAGAAUCCAGCCUUAGUCGUAAAUUGUUGCGUUGGGAAAGAGAAAAGUAAAUUAAACAGAAUGGUGAAAGUUUGAAAUAAAUCAGACAAGCAAUGAGAAAAUUAUAGCUGCUUUGAAAUUGAGAUCACUAAUACUAUGUAGAUUUAAAAUUGGCAACUGGGUAAGUAAAUUAUGACAAGGGGCAAGGACAACUUUCCCAUAGGCCAUGUACUUUAUUAUCAGGGAUUUGUGGUUCUCCUAAGUACCCAUUACCCUGGGGAAGUAAUCUAAAUGUAACCCAGGUAGUAUUUUAUUUUAUGUC